AUGAAACCAACAACCCACCUCCGGGUGUUUAACCCCCCACUCAAUCUCAUCCUUCGUCAUGGGUCAUCUGCCUCGAAACAGCCGUUGGGAAGGGUCCUUCCUUUGGAUGUGCAGUUGCCGCGGCGGCGGCAGGGACAGCGGCAGGGACAGCCACAACCAGAGGGACAGAGACAGGGACAGGAACAGUUGCAGCGAAAGGUGGUGGAGGGCUGGGUGCGGGUGCGGGGAGUGGAUGUGGAGAGUCGGGUGCGGGGAGUGGAGGGUUUAGAGAAGAAGGGACGGGGGCAGGGGCAGGAGAUGGAAAUGGGGAUGGGGCAGAGGUUGGGGCAGGAGAAGGAAAUGGAGAUGGAAAAGGGACGGGAGAUGGAGAUGGAGAUAGAGAUGGAGAAGAGGUUAGAGAUGGCGAAGUGGUUGGAGAUGGGACAGGAGAUGGGGCAGGAGAUGGGCCAGAGGUUGAGGCAGGAGCAAAGGUUGGAACAGAAGGUUGGGCAAGUCAAAGUGGAAGUAAGCGAGGCAAGGCAGCAACAACGACAUCAACAACAAAUUACGAGGGAUGAUAUUAUCGGGGUGCAUAUCAAUAGGCAAAAGGGACACCAACAGCAUAGGGGGUACCGACAACAGCAGCAGCAGCGGGGGUAUCAUCAACUGGCGGUGGGGAGGGAGGAGCAUCAGCAUCAACAAUAUCAGCAGCAACAGCAAUAUCAGCAACAUCAGCAACAGCAAGUGAGACAGAUUCAGGGACAACAGCACCAACGUCAACAACGUCAGCAAGCGAUAUUAGCACGGACACAUCCGCUACUAAUGGAUCAAGAUCCCUCCAAAGUCUCGGAGAUGUCAGCGGCAAAAGAGGAAGUAAAGAACGGUGAUAAUGGGUUGAAUGGCCCUGGACAGGGACAGAUACAGAGACAAGAAGACGGGAAAACAGGACUGGAGGAAACUAAGGAGACGGACUUUGGCCUCGCUGAGGUCAGUAAUAGUGGUGGUGUUGGUGGUAGUGUUGAAGGUGCUGAGGGUACUGGAGGUGUAAGGAUUCGGAGGCUCGAGAGCCGCGGGGGAAGUAAGAACCGCGGGAGCAUUCUUGCUCAUAUGGGUGGAUGGGCUGCCGUUAGGCGUAAUCGUGCUGCUGGUGCUCGUGAAAGUGGAAGUGGAAGUGGAACAGUGAAGAAUCAGCAGAGUGAGCAGACUCAGCAGGGCCAGCAGAGUCAAAAGAAUCAGCAGGCUCAGCGGGUUCAGCAGGUUCAGCAGGUUCAGCAGGUUCAACAGACCCAGGAAAGCAAUGGGUUGAAAGGUGGUGGCGAUGGGAAAGUGAAAUCUGAGAAGAAAGCUGAACCAGUGGGAAAGGUCGAAAAGAAGGGUCCGUCGUAUUUCACGUUCAGUCUUAAGAGUGGUCGCAAGUUUGGUCCGGGUGCGUUGGAACACCAAGAGGAUUUGGGUGGUUGGAAGGUAGGAAAUGAUAUGAUCAUCAAUGGUGGGAGCGUGGUGUUGAGGUCCCUGGGGUUGUCGUCGCCGGGGCUAGCAGAGACGACGGCAGAGACGCGAACACGGGAGGCACGAAAAGCAGAACCAAAGCCCAAGACGACAUCAGCAUCAACACAAGCAAAAACAGCAUCAUCAACCAAACAACCACAGCAACCACCACCCCCGCUCACCACCCACCACCUCACCCUCAUCCCCCACGCCAACUCCUCCGACAUCUUCUCACCCUUACCCCCUCCUGGCUCCCUCCUCAUCCACGCCUGCAACGCCCAAGGCGACUGGGGCACCGGCAUAGCCAGGAUUUUCCGCACUCACUACCCCGGAGCCUACAAAACCUACCAGGCGCACUGCUCUUCCACCCCCACCACGUCCACCUCCUCACAAACCAAUCUUCUUCAAGACCAAGAAGAAGCCGAGUCCGACCCCAUCCAAGCCCGCAAGAACGCUUUGACCAAGCACCAGCGCAGCUUAGUCGGCACGGCACUGCUCAUCCCGCCGCGUCCCUCCGUUCCGGACGACAAGAAGCACUUUAUCGGGUGUCUUUUUACCAGUCUUGGGUAUGGCCCUUAUAGAGAUCCGGCGGUGGCGAUGAUGAAAGCGACGGGGAAGGCGAUGGAAGAUUUGAUGAGGCAUGUUGCGGAGUGGAAUGUGAAUGUGAAUACUGCUGCUGCUACGAAGAAGAAGCAGAAUAUUGUUGUUGGUCCCGAGAUGAGGAUGCCUAAGAUUAAUGCGGGCAAGUCUGCGGUGGAGUGGGAGAUGACCAAGGAGGUUUUGGAGAAGUUGGAGGUUAGGGUGCCUGAGGGGAUGUUGCCUGGGAAAGGGGAGAUUAUGAUUUUUGAUGGGGUUGGUGCCGUUGAGGGGGAGAAAGGGAAGGGGGGGAAGGGAAAGGGGAAGGGGAAGGGACAGAGAAAUGGGAAUGGAAAGUAA